UGAUGAUUGGCUUCACUCAGCCAGGCUCAGAAGUGGAAUUUCAUCUGUGUAGCUUGGAUGACUGGACCUGCAGGCUGCAUACAAAACGUUGCCCUGGUCUGGGUGUGUAGUCCACAUGAACAGCCUCUCUCUCGUCGAGAGGUGACUUUCCUCAGCACCUCCUCGGCGGGUGGAGGCUCGCGUGCGUCCUUCAACACCUCCGACAGUCACCGCGCGCACCACAGCGCGAACGCGUCGGAGUCCUUCUCUCUCCCCGGGUGGUGCGCAGGCAUCACUGUGAUGGAAUUAUUCAACAGGGGAAAUCCACAAUGUAGAAUUUCUGUUUUUUUUUCCCCCUCUCUCUUCACACUUCGCAGGCGGUGAGAGAAAACUUGAGGAAGAUUUCGAAGAUGAAUUCGCCGUAAAGACUGAAGGACUCUUUGAUGCGUGCAGGAGUGGCGCAUUUUGGAAAUAGUGAGAUUAAGAUCCAGUUGCAGGUGAGAUGCCAUAACCUGAGUGAUACAGUGAGGCAUCAUGGACUCCUGGAUUUUCCCAUCGUCCCCUCCGAACCUGUCGGAGCACCUCAUGUACGACAGCUUCGUGCAGGGCAACGAGUCCGAUCUCCCGCUCAACAUCACCGACCACAGGCUCGACAAAACCAGCACUGUGGUCAUCACCUGCAUGUACUUCCUGGUUUGCACUGUUGGGCUCUGCGGGAAUGCCCUCGUCAUCUACGUCAUCCUGCGCUACGCCAAGAUGAAGACGGUGACCAACAUCUACAUCCUCAACCUGGCGGUGGCCGAUGUGCUCUUCAUGCUAGGCCUGCCGUUCAUCGCCAUCCAGCUGGCGCUGGUCCACUGGCCGUUCGGUCCUGUGCUCUGCAGGGUGGUGAUGACCGUGGACUCCCUGAACCAGUUCACGUCCAUCUUCUGCCUGACCGUCAUGAGCAUCGACCGCUAUUUGGCUGUGGUGCAUCCCAUUAAGUCCACAAAGUGGCGCAAGCCACGCAUGGCUAAGACUAUUAACAUCGCAGUGUGGGGGGUGUCACUGAUGGUUAACCUUCCCAUCGUGAUCUACAGCGGCAUCAUCACAAUGCCGGACGGCCCUUACUGCACCAUUGUGUGGCCUAAGCCUGAGGAGACCUACUACACAGCAUUCAUGUUCUACACCUUCAUCCUGGGCUUCUUCCUGCCCCUCAUGGUCAUCUGCAUGUGCUACUUGUUCAUCAUCAUUAAGGUGAAGUCUUCAGGCAUCCGUGUGGGCUCCAGGAGGAAGCGCUCAGAGAGGAAGGUGACGCGGAUGGUGUCCAUCGUGGUGGCCGUGUUCGUCUUCUGCUGGCUGCCUUUCUACGUCUUCAACGUCACCUCGGUGACGGGAACCAUCAGCACCACUCCCAUCCUGAGGAGCACCUUUGCUUUCGUGGUGGUCCUGGGAUAUGCCAACAGCUGCGCCAACCCCAUCCUGUACGCCUUCCUGUCGGAGAACUUCAAGAAGAGCUUUCAGAAUGUCCUGUGUCUGAAGAAGGUGGGCGGGCUGGAUGAGGCCGAGCGCAGCGAUAGCCGGCAGGACAAGUCCCGCAUGAUGAACGACCCCACGGAGACCCAGAGUACUCUGCUGAAUGGAGACCUGCAGACAAGCAUCUGAGAGGAAGGGGGAAAGGCCCGAGCCAUAUGUGAAACUAAUAACAGCUCUUAUCAACAGGUCACAUCAGAGAGAGGGCAUGAUUAAAUAUUCAACAGAGUUCACAGAGGAGCGUGUCCCUUAUUAAGGAGGAUGGAAAUGUAAUAUAAAAACAUGUCAGCCUGGACCGUCCCUCUAUCUGUCUCCGGCACACUGUCGGUUGUAAACAAAUCCACUAUAACAGAACAGAAGUUCCUGCAGCUGUUUGCUCUUUGCUGCAAAUGAAAGGAAAUCAGUUUGGCUGUUUGUUCAGCGUAUUGACUCUGAGGUAAGAUGGAAGGGACGCGAACACCCACUCACAAAUGGUCCCCCGGGUGACAGGUGACGAGUUGUCCCUGGAGAUCCAGGAUUAUAUACAUAGUUUACAGGGGAGGGCCUGUGCCAAGUGUCCAUAGUCUGAUAUUGUAAAUAACAACAACGCAGCGUGCUCAUAAGCUGUUACAUGAGAAACUGUUAUUAAACCUGGCAGCCCUAUUGUUGUGCUAUAUCUGUCCCAAGUCAUUUUCCUCUGGAGCGCGAUGUGACUGUAAAUAACUGUACAGAAAAACGGGUGGAAGAGACCAUCAGAAAAGUUUGGGUGACCUGAUUUAUGAAUAAGCUCUGAUUUCUUUUUCCACACGGAAAUUAAUGAAUGUACCGCCGAUUCCAUUGUACAACUAUUUGAUUUAAGGUGCAGCUAAUGUCUGGACUCGCGACAGGAGCGGAACAUGGAUAUGAGUAACGGUGUAACUGCUGCUUCAUUAUAGCCGAAUGCAUAAUUUACACGACGCUGAUAGAACUGGUUUGGUCGAUGUUACGGAGCCAGCCUCUAACCAAAGUGCUGCUAAGAUGUAUAGAAACUCUUCUACAAUGUUGUGUAGUGUGAUGUAUUAAGUGAUGUCACUGUAUAUGCCUGUUUGUACUGGACUUCCGCUGGGGACCAUUAUUUAUGUAUAACCCGUAAUGAUGUUGAUGUCGUUGUUCGCAGUAGUGAAAGUAACUGCUUUUUUAUGACUGUGCGAUGCUAAAUUAUUCACUAUGAAUGCUGGGUAGGGACUCGUUUUUCCACAAAUGAUUAUUCAACGGCGACUGGCCACUGUUUCCCUGAGAUAUAAGAGGCAUCGAUACGGAAAUACAGAUACAUAGGGUCACAAACAUUUCUGUUUCUCGCGAAGAUCACCAUCUAAACUAGGUUAUUUGGGGUGAAUGUGUAUUUUUAUCAUUAGCAGAUACAUUAUAGGAAAGUUUCAGAGAUUUCAUCCAUUCUAAAUGAUACUUAAUUGAUAGGAACUACUUCUCCUUCCACCUGCCCUUCUACUGUCAAGGCCCAGAGAGGGACUGGCACUAUUGCCGAACGUUUAUUACCGCCACUGUCUGACUGACUCCGGCAACGAUUUUUCGUCCGUCUGGACUUCAGUUUGCACGUUCGAACAACAAGGAGUUCCCGCACUCUUAAAACUACGGAAUGCCGUCCUCGUGCUGAUGGAAAGUCAGGUGAGGUUUUGUAGUCCACAAAACAUUUGUGGGGCUUUGCAGCAAAACGGCGUUGCAACAUUCCCUUCAACAGCUGAAGUAGAUGGGGGCUUGUUUUAAAUGUAAAAAAAAAACAAAAAACUGCAACAAAGGGAGUCGAACAGCUUGUGCAGCUUGUUUUUCCAUGUGCCUGGAAGCACAAAGAUCCUAAAAUGAUCAGGUGAAAAAAGCCCAAAACACCUUAUUUACACCCUCAAAGCAUGGUCGAGCUUGUGCACCCACUUCAUAUGGCGUGUAUGCUAACACUUUUAGCGUAGCACCUACAGUGACAGUUUCUUCAAAUUUAUCGAAUUUUCUACCCCAUCUACUUAAGUUGUUUGGGAGAACGCUGUUUCUGCUGCGAAGCUCCAUAAAUGAUUUGAUUGUUCUGUUCAGCUUUUGUGCAGAGUAACAGAACCGUAUUGGACUCGAUGAUACCCGCCUGGUAUUGGAUCGGGUGGUUUUGCCCACCACUAGAGAAACGGGUCAUUGUCCUGGAUAACUACCUAUAUUCUCCGCCUGCUAUGCCGCAUUGUAUUACAGAAAACACGGUUUGCUACCUGCCUCUUGUGUCUUUUUGCUUCCCCGUCUGCCUCUCAGUGACUCAAUAGGAGGGGGCUUUGCUUUGCGAGCUACUUGUAAAUACUUUGUAUGUCGCUGGCCAACCCGUCCUCCUCUCAUGGCUUCGAGAGGCCACAUUUUCGAGUGUUGUUUUCUCUCUCUGGGUUUCUCAGAGACGUGGAUUUGUGAAGGGCUAGAACACUUAUCCUUGAGAGGCUCUGGUGUUCCUUUCAUCGUCACCACCGUGCUGCUCCGGGAGUCCGCGGUUCAUCCCGCGACUCUUUGGCCGUUGCCGUCGUCAAAAUGACUAGACGACUCAAUCGACGGUCACCUUACGCGUGCAGGUUCCCCUGUACACACCAAAGCCGGUGACUGAUUGUGAUUAAUGAGCAAAGAACCCCAGCGUGUGUGUUCCCCAGCAAAAAAUAUGAGGUAAAAUAUAUCGAUAUUGAUAUUUUAAAAUACAUAUUUAACACUGUGUAUAUAGCUUCUUCAUGUGUCUGCAUCACACACACACACACACACACAUUGUGACUAAUCAGAUUUCACGUGUAAUCUCCGUCCCUGCAGAGUUUGUUACCUGGCCUGGAACGAAAAAAAAAAAAGACACGGCACACCUCGGGUGUACUGUAUUUCCAUAGCAACAGCGACCGAGAGCGUUGGUCCCAUGGUUACAUCAAUUAGCAUAAUAAUAACAGAAAGAGAGGUGACUCGGGACAUGAAUUAUGAAUGUAGACAGCGCUCGGAUGGACCGAAGCGCUCGGACCACCAUCCGUCCGCCGCCGCCGACCUGUGAAACCAAACACCUCAGUUGCGUCAAAGCUGGUUAAAAUGUAGAAUUUGUGUUAGUGUGCAGGACAAAAUGUGACACCUCUGCUCAGUGCAUCCAUCAGAGAGCACGACGUCAUCGUUUACUGUUUGUUAAAGGUAUACUAUGCUAGAUUUCCCAAGAAUACAUCACAGCUAUAUAUUCAUUUCUCAGUAACCUACUGUGCUCAGCGAUUCUGGAGAAGAAGAGUGGAUCGCCCAAGCCGAGCAAAUGUUUGACCACUUGGAAACUCAGCGAUCGACCACCUUUCUCCAGAAUCGCUCGCUGCACCUGGUUGGUUUGACAAAUCCUGCAUAGUGUGCCUUUAACCUCGUCUGGACAUGUGUAUGUUGUACAGUACCACCCAGCUGCUGCUGCUGCUGCUGCUGCUGCUGUUGUUGUUGUUGUUGUACUUCUGUUACUGGUAAAGACUCUUCAUAUAAAAACGCUUGUAGUCUUUUUUUAACAGCUGCGUUCCUGUGGACUAUACUGCAGAUUUUCUACUUUUGUUCCAUCUGUGCUUUUGGUAGUUAGGUGUAGUUUUCAUGAUGAGCCUUAUUUGUGUAUUACUCAAAAAUGCUAUCUGUCUUUUGAACCCCCCCGUACUGGUUUUUACUGUUCCUGUAGGAGAUUCGGAUCAUGUAUGUUCUUCCAGUCUCUGCGAUUGUUCGAUUGUACUGAAACACAGAUGCUGUUGAUACAGAUGUGGAGCAAACAGAGGCUGUGUGUAUUUGUGUUGAAGAUAAAUAAAGUAAGUGAAACAUGAA